CAGAGUAAAAUUAAACGCCGCGCGGUCAAGUUCGUGGUUUCUGAUUGAGUGCAUAAAAAGCUGAGAAGCAGUCAAUUCACUGAUAACAAAAAUGAGCGAGCAAAAAUAUUUACAUCUGAAUAAUGGCUUGAAGAUGCCGAUAUUGGGAUAUGGCACUUGGAUGGCAAGCGAGGAAGAAAUAACCGUUGCUGUAAAUGAAGCUCUCGAGAUAGGUUACCGCCAUAUUGACACUGCACCUGUGUAUUUGAAUGAAAAGGCUAUUGGAAACGUUCUACAGGAGUGGUUAUCUGCUGGUAAAGUUAAGCGAUCAUCUCUAUUCGUGACCACUAAGUUGCCACCACCAGGCAAUAAACCCGAUCUAGUAGAGUCGACUUUGCGCAAAUCCUUGGCAGAUCUGCAAUUGGAUUAUGUCGAUUUGUAUUUGAUACAUACGCCAUUUACGGUAAUGCUCGAUGAAAAUGGCGAAUUUAAACGCUAUGAAGAUGGCACUAUUAUGGUUGAUCCGAGCACCGAUCACGCAGCUAUUUGGAAGGAAAUGGAAGGUCUAGUUGCCAAAGGGUUGGCUAAAUCAAUUGGAAUAUCGAAUUUCAAUCUGCAGCAAAUUGAAAGGCUACGAAAGCAUUGCACCAUUCAACCGCAAGUUUUACAGAUUGAAUAUCACAUCUACUUGCAACAACCAGAGUUGAUUGAGUAUUGCAAAGCUUCGGACAUUGCCAUCACCGCCUAUUCACCACUAGGUUCCAAAGGCGUAGGCGCUUUAAAUAAGAUGGUUGGUGUAGAACGUGAGUUACCCGACUUACUUGAGGUGCCGGAAGUGAAGCAGAUCGCCAAGAAAUAUCAUAAGAGUGCAGCACAAGUUUUGCUACGGUGGAUUGUGGAGAAAGGCUUAUCGGUAAUACCGAAAAGCACCAAUUCCAAACGCAUGCGAGAGAACAAAGAUAUCUUUGACUUUAAACUAAGUCCAGAGGAAAUUGAACAGCUCAAUAAAUUGGAUGCCAAUGUGCGUGUGGUGGAUUUCGCAUUCUUCAAAGGCGUUGAAAAGCAUCCGGAAUUCCCCUUUUAAAUUUUGAACUCAAAGUUAGAACACAUUUGGUAUUUAAUAUUUAUCAAUUUAUCUUAGCAAUGUUAUAUUAAAUUUAUAUUCACCAUAUUUAUGCAAGUAGUUUUAGAAAUAUACACAUCAAUUACUCGCUUCUGCUACAGGCA